AUGUUAAAUUUUGAUCAACAAUCAGUACCAAAAAUUGAUUCUCUUUGUUCAUUACGUGCCUAUAUUCAUUAUUGUAGUAUUGCUUGUAUUCAUCAUUCACUUAUUCUACAAGCACUAGAAAAAUAUUUAAAGGUUAGAAGAAUAAUGUUUCUUAAUAGUCAAAUUCGAAAAAUGGGCAUUGUUCUUAUUCAAUGGAUAUUUGAUUUUACUUUUACUCUACCUAUUUUUCUAACAGGUAAUAUGGUGAAAAUGAUCAUCGACAAUUUAUGUUUUAUUUCAUUAUCAAGAUUAGAUCUUUUACUUUAUACGGGUGUGACCAUAUAUAUUUUAUCAGAUAUUGUUCUUGCUGUCAUAUAUCGUCUUUUAGUGAGACUUAACAAUGGUACAUCGCAUUGUAUUGAUAAAUUUCCAAUUGGCUAUUGUUGGCAUUCCGGCAUUGCUUAUUAUGAUAAAACGGCACCACCACGACCAUACCUUGAACCACCUUUUACAACGACACCAUCGGAGACAUCCGAUUCCACGGUGCCAACAACACCUAAACAAACACCAGUUAAACAAAAUAUUGCAAUUUCAAAAGAAGAAGAAGUAGAAUUACCAGGUGCUUUUGCUGCCGUAUCCAUCAACCCAAAAAUUAAAAAAACUAAAGGUCUCAUCGUGAAAAUACAUUUGUCAUCAACACCGUCAAGUUAUCAACAUGGUGUUGAUAAUCCAUCAUGUUAG